CUGGCUGCGUUAUCAGAUUAGGCGGCGUUGCGAUAACCGCUGAGCAUAACGGCUCCCACAGCGACCAACACAUGCCACGAUGUCCGAGCGAAACACCCCAACGACGACGAAGAUGGCAACAGAGCGAUUGGAAAUAGAAGACGAAGAGGACAGACAAAGGCGUCUACAGUCUGUCUUUGAACGCUUGAAUACUUUUAACCCCAACUCUGCGCAAAAAGACGUGUCUGGAUUGCCCAAGUUUGACUUUGGAGACCGUACAACCUUUGAAAUCAAGCCCAAUACGGAAUUGCUCUCUCGAAUUCAAUCCUUUCUCCCACAACUCCAGGCAUCGAACGAAGCUCUUUUGAAACGAGCAGAGAUGGACCCUGCCAGCGUCGACAUCGAGCAUAUCACAGAGGGAACAGACAAGGUCAUUCAGAUGGAUCUUGGUCUUGGUCUUUUCGAGCAAAGGAAUGCCAAACGACCCUUUGACCACGACGAAGACACCACUAUGUCCGAUUCCUCCUCGUCCUCCUCGUCCCUCCAUUCAGCAUCCUCAAACUCUUCAUCUUCCUCUGCAUCUUCAUCUUCGUCAUCCUCCUCCGACUCCACCUCAGAUUCCAACAUGGAAGACGACGACUACUCUGACGAAGCGGAGCACGCCAAAUUCCGAGAACGCUACAACCAAAUGCUUCUCGCUCGGGAACAGGAGCAAGAGGCUGAUUGGGAUUCAGACGCCUCGUCAGAGAUCAUUACUUGCUUUGUACCAGACCGACCUGUUCGACCACUACCUAAGCGUUUCUUGAAAAAGAGUUGCUCCCCAUCCCAAUCGAAUUCUGCCACACCAACGCCUUCCGCGCCCCGACCCUCCAUCGUCGUUUUGGAUGAACAAGAGAACGAUUCCGGAGAGAAAUGA